GGUCUCAAACUUCGAACGCGCUAAAAAGACCCAUGCACAAUCCCAGCAGUCUCUUUGCCAUUGACUUCCAUGAUAGCCACUGAGGAAGAAUCCCUUGUCGCUUGCUUCCAACAGCACCGCCGCCACUUGUAGCGACGAAGAGCAUACAGCAGCGCAAACUCUCUGCCGUUCCAUUUUCCACUCUCCAUCCAACUCCAGUAUAGCCUGUGAAAGAUAUCGUAUCCGGUACGGUAGUACGGUAUUAGUGAAGAAUGGUCUCCUUUGUAUCCACGUACCUGCUCACCUGGAAGGUGUACCUGUCAUCUUGGAGGGCCGAUUGGAAGGCCCAGCAAAAAGCCAUUGCCCAAUUGGGAUCCCAUUUCCAGAAUGGAAUCCCUCUGGUCUCGAACCUCCUGUGGAACGUGAUCAUGUUUACAGUACUACAAGUUCUUGUGAUCCGCAUGGCAGGAUUUUCUGCGGAAAUGGAACGGUUCUGUUGGUACGCGGUACUGCUACCCUGUCUUGUCGGCAGUGUAUUCUACUAUUGCUACAAGUAUGGCGUCAAACAGGUUGUCACGUCACUGUUUUCCUUCACCACCUUUCUCCAAUGGACGCAGAAUUGGCUAGCAAUGCAAGGACUGGCGUUGGUGUGUCUCACUCAAACGGCAUUCUUCUACUUUGCCGGCAUUGUCAUGCAGCCGUACAUACUUCCACCCGCCUGGAACGUGUCUGUGCAGUUUCCAAAGGACCUCUACGAAGAGUAUCUUCGGGAUACCGUCUACUGCUUUGCAGCUUUGUUUGGGGUGUGUCUGGUCACACUACCCUUGUCCGCCCGUGGAUACGCGGUUGCCAUGGAAGCAGCCGGUCGUCAAAACGUGACAAUCUCGUACACUGAAACCUUGAUGGAACUCGUGUACCAAACGGUGCAAGGAGAUUCUCUCUUUUUCACUGUGAUUCCCAUCCUUGUCAUACUCCAAGACUACUUUGGGUUCCGUGUUUACACAAUCCAUAUCAUCUUUGCCGUGGUGGAAACGGCAUUGGUGAACUACGUGGUCCGCUACAAGUUUGGCAUUACCCAUCAACUAAUGCAUGAAAUUCAACCCCUCUACGCCAUGGCACACAUGGAACAUCAUGUCUGCAAAGGUGUUCAUCCCACUACACUUGCCGCUGGAUUGUGGGAAUUCUGGGUCAAUGGUCAAAGCAUUUUCAUGACCACACAAGUCGGCCUUGCACCCAUCCCCUACGCGUUGCUCCAGUUCAUUUACAUGGGAGCCAACGUGGUUGUUCAUACCAUGUGGCCGCAUCCCUCGCUCCUGCAGUGGCACACUCUGCACCAUACCAUUGCGGCCGAUGUGUACAAUGUCAACAUUCCCAGUACGUACGACAAGGAGCACUCGCAAGCGGUCGCCAAGCUCCAACAGAAGCUGCAACACGUAUCUCCGUUUAUCCGAUACGAGCCUCUCUCGGAUCUUGCAGCCGUGGCUGUCAUGGGACUGAGUUGUGCCAUUCUGCACGUUGGACUGGGAAUUGGACUGGGUCAUGUGGAUUGGACAGAACGGAUGGAUUGGCAGUAA